AUGUCUCAAACUAACUGGGAGGCUGAUAAGAUGUUAGAUGUUUACAUCCAUGAUUACCUAGUGAAGAGGGAUUUGAAGGCCUCAGCUCAGGCUUUUCAACUUGAAGGGAAAGUGUCCUCGGACCCUGUUGCUAUUGAUGCACCCGGAGGAUUUCUGUUCGAGUGGUGGUCUGUUUUCUGGGACAUAUUUAUUGCCAGGACCAAUGAGAAGCACUCAGAGGUUGCUGCAUCUUAUAUUGAGGGUAGGGAUAGGACUCAUCUCUUAAAUGGUGGUGCAAAUGGGUUAGUUGGAAACCCUAGCACUGCAAAUGCAAUGGCAACAAAGAUGUAUGAGGAAAGGUUAAAACUUCCCCUUCAAAGGGACUCUUUGGAAGAUGCAGCAAUGAAGCAAAGAUUCGGAGAACAACUAUUGGACCCAAAUCAUGCCUCAAUAUUGAAGUCAUCCGCAGCUACUGGGCAGCCGUCAGGUGCUCAAUUUUUUGAUUUCAGACAAGUUUUGCAUGGUGCUGCUGGUGCAGCGUCUCCACAAGUUCAAGCACGUAGUCAGCAAUUACCAGGGUCUACUUCGGAUAUAAAGAGUGAGAUCAAUCCUGUUUUAAAUCCUAGAGCUGCAGGUCCUGAAGGAUCAUUGAUAGCAAUGCCUGUUGUUUCAUUACAAUUUAUUCCUCACCCUGUUGUGGCAGAAGUAGCCUUCCUUGUUAACCUUGUGUCUGAAGCGUCCUCUUAUCUGAAGUCUCUAGCAAUGACCCUGCUAACCUUGUGUCUUCGACGUCAUUUAGCCCUAGGAUUGGAGCAACUGCGUUCUGGACUACUCCAACAACAGAAACCUCCUUUCAUACAGUCUCCUCAAACUUUUCAUCAACUUCCAAUGUUGACACCACAGCAUCAGCAACAGCUAAUUCUGGCACAACAAAAUUUGGCAUCACCAUCUGGCAGUGAUGAUAAUAGAAGACUCAGAAUGAUGCUGAAUAACAGGAAUAUGGGUGUAAGUAAGGAUGGUCUGUCAAACCCUGUUGGUGAUGUAGUAUCAAAUGUUGGAUCAGCACUUCAAGUAGGUGGUGGACCUGCUUUUCAGCGUAGUGAUACAGACUUGCUAAUGAAGGUGAAACUGGCACAGUUGCAUCAACAGCAGCAGAAUGCUAAUCCACAACAGCAGCAACUGCAGCAGCAUACUCUUUCAAAUCAGCAAUCUCAGUCUUCAAAUCAUAACAUGCAUCAGCAGGAUAAAAUGGGGGGAGGUGGUGGUAGUGUCAAUGUGGAUGGUAGCAUGUCAAACUCUUUUAGAGGCAAUGAUCAGGUUUCCAAAAGCCAGACUGGGAGAAAGAGAAAGCAGCCUGCAUCUUCUGGUCCUGCCAAUAGUUCUGGAACAGCUAAUACAGCUGGUCCAUCUCCAAGUUCAGCACCCUCAACUCCGUCUACACAUACACCUGGUGAUGUGAUGUCAAUGCCUGCUUUACCUCAUAGUGGUAGUUCUUCAAAGCCAUUAAUGAUGUUUGGAGCUGAUGGUGCGGGAACUCUGACAUCACCUUCAAACCAGUUGGCUGAUGUGGAUCGUUUUGUGGAGGAUGGAUCUCUUGAUGAUAAUGUUGAGUCUUUUUUAUCCCAUGAUGAUACGGACCCAAGGGAUACUGUUGGUCGUUGUAUGGAUGUAAGCAAAGGUUUCACGUUUUCUGAAAUAAGUUCUGUACAUGCAAGCAUUAACAAAGUUGUCUGUUGCCAUUUCUCGUCUGAUGGGAAAUUGCUUGCUAGCGGUGGCCAUGACAAAAAGGCUGUUUUAUGGUUCACAGAUACUCUAAAACAAAAAGCUAUUCUUGAAGAGCAUGCUUCUUUAAUCACUGAUGUCCGUUUCAGUCCAAGCAUGCCUCGCCUUGCAACAUCUUCAUAUGACAAAACUGUCAGGGUGUGGGAUGUUGAUAAUCCCGGAUAUUCACUUCGUACCUUUACGGGGCAUUCUUCAUCUGUUAUGUCUCUAGAUUUUCACCCUAAUAAAGAAGAUCUUAUCUGCUCUUGUGAUGUUGAUGGUGAGAUACGAUAUUGGAGCAUUAACAAUGGCAGUUGUGCUAGAGUCUCAAAGGGUGGCACUGCUCAGAUGAGAUUUCAACCUCGUCUAGGGAGGUACCUAGCUGCAGCUGCUGAAAAUGUUGUUUCUAUUCUUGAUGUGGAAACACAAGCAUGUCGAUAUUCAUUGAAG